AUGCCAGAGUUUACAAUAGGACCGUUGGGAAACUGGGAAGGAACGGCAAAGGUCAUCAUCAAGACGGGCAACAUUGCCGAAGAGAAAGUAGACGCCAUCUGCAUAAGUGUUGGUAGUACUUUGGAACAUUCCAGUUCUACAUGGAAAGCUAUCACAAAAAUAUGUGGAACGAAAGUGUACAAGGAUGCUUACGAGAAGGCUCGGAAAGCCCAGACAACCUGGCUUAAUAGAGGAGAGAUUCUCGUUGUGGAUACAAGGGAUACUAAGCUAGAUGCAAAAUACGUUUUUCUUGUGGUAUUACCUGACAUUUACCACCUUGAGACAGCAUACACCAAUAUAUUUCGAGAGGCUAUUGCACAUAGAUGCACUUCGGUAGCCAUACCUGGACUGGGAUGCGAAGCUAAUGUGAAAGGCAUGUGUAGCGGAGACGAAUCUGAUCAACCUGGAGGCAGUUUUGAAGCCGUUGCAAAAACACCGGCGACGGUGAGCUGCGAUGUCUUAUAGAC